GGGCACUUCAGUCUUGAACUCGAUCGAGCAAUAGUCGCUGUCGGCUUGAGCGAACGAAAAUUUCUCGUGUUUAAAAUCCGUUCCCAUAGAAUAAAAACAGAAAUAAGUACGCGCAAUCGUCGCGGUUCAACCUAACGAUCGUUUACAACUGUGUCCGCUGGUGAGAGUGUCAAUCCCGAAAGAACUACGAAGAUGUCGGACAGGAAAGCCGUGAUAAAAAAUGCAGACAUGUCCGAGGAGAUGCAGCAGGACGCUGUGGACUGUGCGACCCAAGCGCUGGAAAAGUAUAACAUCGAGAAAGACAUCGCAGCCUUUAUUAAAAAAGAGUUCGAUAAAAAAUACAAUCCGACGUGGCACUGCAUCGUAGGACGUAACUUUGGAAGUUAUGUGACGCACGAAACAAGACAUUUUAUCUAUUUCUACCUGGGCCAGGUAGCCAUUCUCCUCUUCAAGAGCGGAUAAACUGGAUUCGUACUCUAUGUUUACCAUCCUUUCUUCCUCCCUUCAUACACGCUACAUGGAAUACCUUAAAUCACAUCGCCAUCUGUAAGAGAAAUUACAUUCUGUAUACAAUGGAAAAACGUUUGUUUUUUAAGCGAGAAAUACGCUCCCAGUAAAAGAGUAAAAGUAUAUACACAUUGAUGCUAUUGACUUGCUGUUUUACUUAUCGUUCGGGAGAUAAGAGACGACUGUGGAAAUUUAUGUAGAAAACUGCAAAAAAGGGUAGGGAGCUAAAGUGAUCGAACGAAAGCGAAGGGGGAAAAAAAGUAAACCAAUUUGACAUACAAUCUUACAUGUUGAAAUGUAUCGUGUAUGCCAGAAAGUUUGUUGUGUUCUUGUUUUAUAUUAGGUAUAUAGAAAUGAUGCGAGGUUGAGUUUCAGUACUGGCGAAUUUUAAAUUAACGAGGGUUUCACGAGUACGUAAUUUUCAUAAAAAGAAAAUAUUCGAACGCGACAUAUAUAUAUAUAUAUUUUUUUUUUUAAUCGUCUUUACCGACGCUUGCCGAGAAUUGUGCUGGAAUGCUCUUUCGAAUAGUCGAGAAACGAAUUCGAGCAAAGGCCGAUGUCGGUUGCCUGCGAGUCAUUUAUUUUUCGCGCGACUUGUAAAUUGUCCCUUCGUUCUGUGAUGCUGCGCAACGGAUUCGUUGACUCUUUGAUUCGUUUGACUUCUGACAUUCUUACAAGUUCAAGGAUUGGAGGCUAAGGAAAAGGUUAAUAUUACCGAUGCGUCGCGAUAUCGUGCAUUCGAGCGUAAUAACUAUUUAAAAUUAAAAUGAUGCUAACACACGAUGUCGCAUAAAUAUCCGUGAUCGAGCCGACGAUCAUAAUUUUGCAGUUUUUUAUAUUGCACCGAGAGGAACUAUUUGCGAACGUAUUAUAUCAUAAGGCGAUUAUACAUCCUUAGAGAGAAACAUUUAUUAUUACACUAUUAUUAUUGUAUUCGUCUUUUGGUUCGUUUCGUUCUUUUAUUUUUGGAAAAAAAAACGUUGUACAUGUAUUCAGCCCAUUUAAAUUCUCUCCUUUAUGUAACAUCCACUACCCAAUAUUACGGUACUUAUAUAUAUAUGAUAAAUAUAGAUUAUACAUAUAUAUAUUAUACUAUUUAUAUAUAGUGCAAUCUUCAAAUGAUUUUUCAUGCAGUAUUUGAUUAUCACGAUGUUGCUACAUUGUUCAAAUUUUAGACUGAUUAUUAAACAUCGUCACAAGUAUGA